AUGGCGGCGUGGAUUAAGAGAAUCGGCGAAAUCCUGGGCUUUGAGUACCCUACGAUAGCCUACAACUUGCGUUACAACGCAGCCAACGCGUUUGACCAAAGUGUCGAUGUUAGCGAAGCUCUCCGGAACCUCGCCAUGGGGCAUGGCAGCUCAGACCCGUUCCAGAGGCAUUACCUCGGGCGGAACAUCUCCGCCGACCUCUGGGGCAUCCUUCGCGGACAAAGGCCGCAGCAAGCGCUCAUGAAGCAGUCUUGCAGCAUUGGUCACUCUAUCUCUAAGCGCCGUCCUAUCGAUCUCACGCCAGAUCAGUCUGCAUCUAUCGCUAUGCAUCCGACUAUCAGAGAGCUGACGAAGGCCCUCCGAGAACUGCCACUAGGCUCCAAACAGUACAAAGAAGCUAAACGAGCGAUACGAAAUGAAAAGCAAAGACUUAGGAGAGAGCUGAAACAGAAGAUCAGAGACGAGUGGACUAACAAGCAGGCCACUGACGAUAUUGAGCGCCAAAUCCAGGGCGUUGGGUUUGCCGAGCCUGGGACAGGAGGUGCCUGUCGACCUCAGGGCCUAGCACAAAAGCGAUUGCUCGCAAAGCUCACCGCCCCGAUCGUCAAUACCGACGAAGAGAUGACGCCAUCAACGCAGUGUCUGCGUACUGUUCUGUUCAGGAAGGAUGCACCAUACGCUGGUGUCACCCUCUGUUGA